UUAUAUCACUACAAUAUCUGAUUUAACUGGAUCUGUAGCGUUUAAAUUUGGUCUUGCUAGUAUUCCUUUGAUCUUAAGCUCAUAUGUCUUUUGCAUUCCUGGUAAAAUGUUUCAUUUUUACACAGGAAAAUGUGACAAUUGUUGAUUCGCCUGGUGUAGGAGAAAGCAAGGAAAUGACAGAGAAGCUAGUUAAAUACCUCCCAAAAGCUGUUGCUUUCAUUUAUAUUGUUAACAGUGCAAAUGCAGGAGGAAUCCAGGAAGAUACUAUAUUACAAAUCAUUUCGGAACAACAGAAACUUGUCACAGAAACAGAACUAUCUAGUUUUGAUCCAAAAACUAUGCUGUUUGUAUGCAAUAAAUGGGAUGUUGUGAUAAAACGUGGUGAAAGCGAGAAAACGUGGCUAGACACAGUUCGAAAACUUAAGAUGACAAUUCCUGGACUAACUGAGGAUCAUAUAUUUAAAAUGAGUGUCACAGAGGCUGUUAAAUACAAGAAGAGCAGUAUAGGAAAUACUGAAAUGUAUCAGCAUUUACUGAAAGGACUUAGUCAAUUCGUCCAAGACAGUUUGGUCGCCAAUAUAAAGAGACAUUACAGGUGGGCUUUUAGUCAACAAUACUAACCAUUUUGGAUUAAUAAUUCCAAAGGAAUAA